CGCCCCCCACAACCUCCACCCGCCCCCCAGGUGGCAGCGAUGAACGGGAGCUCCGUGGUCGCCUACUUCGGCCGCUGGGGGGACGGUGGGUGCACCAUCACCCACUUCACCCUCGACCUCCUGCACACCCACGCCUGGACCACGGUGGGGAGCAGCCUGGCCCCCCAGGAGGUGUACACCAUCACGGCCCCCCACGCUCGCUCCCUGUCUGGGGGAGACGUGGUCCCCCAGAGCGUCGCCCUCAGAGUCACCGCUCACAACACGGCGGGGGCCUCACCCAUCGCUGUCAUCGUGGAUGCUGGGGGUUGCCGGGUGUUGCCGCGGGGGUUAGGGGGGAUGUUGUCACACUCCCCAUCCUCCUCACCCCCCUCCGUCUUCCCCUCCCUCCCCUCAGCACUCGCUGCCCUCGCCGCCCUCCUGCUGCUGGUAGCUGCGGCUACCCUCGUCACUACCCUCGUCACUACCCUCGUCACUACCCUCGGCACUACCCUCGUCACUACUAUCGUCAUUACCCUACCCUCGCACCGCGAGCUCAACGGCGGCAGCGGACGCUCAGAAGGCGCGUCUGGCAGCAGAGAGCUCCAGCCUGUAUGCACCUUCGCGUAA